AUGGAAGUCUACAUUGAUGACAUGAUGGUCAAGUCUAAGAAAGUUGAAGAUCAUCUCAAGGAUCUUGAAGAAGCCUUCAACAUACUGGACGAAUAUAACAUGAAGUUGGAUCCCUCCAAGUAUGAAGUAGAAAUAGAAGCCAAACAACUUCCAGAAAAAGAAAACAUGGGAAGAUGGACACUAUUCACAGGUGGAGCAUCAAACCAAAGAGGAACUGGCCUAGGGAUCAUACUAAAAUCGCCACAGGGGGACAUCCUACCACAAACAAUCAGUUGUGAGUUCAAUGCAGCAAACAAUGAGGUAGAAUAUGAGGCACUAAUCAUGGUAGUACAGUUAGCCAAGGAUCUUCAAAUCAAGGAUCUUCAGGUAUUCGUCGAUUCUUUAUUAUUGACUAACCAUUUUAAUGGAUUCUAUGCAGAAAAAGGAGAAAGACUAGCACUAUAUCUCCAGAUCCUCAUAAAUAUAGCCUUAGAUUUCGAAGCAUUUAGUCUAAACCAAGUUCCUAGAGAAGAAAAUGUUGAAGCAGAUGCUUUAGCCAAUCUAGGAUCUUCUCUUAGGAUCCCGCUAGAAACCAGGAUCCCGAUAAUCCAAGUGUUGAUCCCAGCGAUCGAGGAUCCUGCCAAAAGACUAAACGAUCCCAACGAUCAUGAGGAAACUACCAACGUCGCUACUAUCGAAGACCCUAAUCCUCAAUUUCCUUAUCAGCAUCCUAACAUCAAGAAUCCUUCCCCAACCAAAAGAUCUUGGAUCCAACCUAUUUUGGAGUACCUGUAG